AUGUCUCUCGAAGCUACGAUGAUAAUGUUUGCGAGCCCUCCCCUUGGCCCUCAAGAUCCAUCGACUUUGCUAACUGAGACCCGCAGCGUGGACAACAGCGAAAGCAGUCGCAAUGGAGAUUAUACUUCCACCCGUUGGCAAGCUCAGGUCGAUGCCGUCAGCAUUAUUCACAGUGUCAAGAUGCGCGCACACCCACAGUCCGCCGUGGGAUUGAUGAGCAUGGGCGGAAAGGGCCCCGAGGUGCUUUCCACAUUCACUACUGAUUUUGGAAGCAUUCUUGCUGGUCUUCAUGACACUAAGAUCCAUGGAACGUCGCAUCUGAGUUCGAGUAUCCAAGUCGCUGGGUUGGCUUUGAAGCACCGUUCCGAAAAAUCCCAACGGCAACGAAUUAUCGUAUUCUCAUGCUCUCCCAUCGAAGAAGAUGAGAAGACUCUGGUCAAGCUGGCUAAGAAGAUGAAGAAGAAUAAUGUGUCAAUCGAUGUGGUGGCAUUCGGUGAUCUGGACUCUGAUCAAACGAAGAAGCUGGAGGCGUUCGUGGAGAAUGUGAAUAGCGGCGACAGCUCCUUCUUAGCCAUCAUCCCACCGGGCCCCCACCUUCUCAGCGAGGAGCUACAAAAUACUCCAAUCUUGGCCGGCGAAGGUGCCGGUUCUGGAGGCGGCGCUGGCGGCGACGCCGGUGACGCCGGCGGCUUCAACUUCGAGGAUGCCGCGGAGAACGAUCCCGAGCUAGCAUUUGCUCUCCGGUUAUCCCUUGAGGAGGAGAAAAAUCGACUGGAGAAGGAGAAGCGCGAGCAGGAAGCUCAGGACGGCAAGACAGAGCUUGGUGGAAUCCCCGAAGAGGGCCACGGCGACUCCAGCGGUACCAAGAAGGACGAUGACAAGAUGGAUACUGCGUAA